GUUUUCAACCCGUGAAUGCAAAAUUUGAGGCUCUGUGAUAUUUUGUAACAGAAAAUGACGUAAGCAGAGCUGCAGAAUUUGCAGCACCAUUAUAAAAACAGUACAAAAAUAUUCGAAGUAAUUUAAAUUUACUGUCAAGCUGUCAACUUUUAAUCAUCUUCUUUUUCCUACUCGUACAACCCAAUGUCUAUCAACAGCCUUUUUUGCUUGCCCAUUUUCUUGUAUGUUUAUUCGUAUAUAUAGGUGUGAGUAGUGUGUAUAGCUCACACUAAAAGCGUUCUUGGGAAAGGAAAAAACCCAGUAAGGUGGGAAAAAGGGAGUUAAAAAGAGAAACUGAAAAAAAAAAAGAUCACGUUUUUACGCGUUUCUUGUUUCUGGGUUUUCCGUUUAACGCUCUGGGUUUGUGUUCUUGAGAAGAAAUUGAAGAAAAUGAAGAACGUUCUGCACUUUGUGAUCGGAAUUUUUGGAAAUGCUUUUGCUCUGUUUCUGUUCUUGGCGCCACUGAUCACCUUCAAAAGAAUCAUGAAGAAUAGGUCGACUGAGCAGUUCUCUGGAAUCCCAUAUGCCAUGACCCUGCUCAACUGCUUGCUUUCAGCCUGGUAUGGUUUGCCGUUUGUGUCGCCUAACAAUCUGCUCGUCUCAACGAUUAAUGGAACUGGGGCAGCCAUUGAAAUUGUCUAUGUGAUGAUCUUCAUCUUGUAUGCACCGAAAAAGGAGAAGUACAAAAUCUUUGGGCUGCUAUCGAUUGUACUUGCUAUUUUCGCAACUAUUGCUUUGGUCUCUAUCUUUGCACUCCAUGGCAAUAACAGGAAGCUUUUGUGUGGUGUGGCUGCCACUUUCUUCUCCAUCAUCAUGUAUGGUUCACCUUUGACAAUCAUAAGGUUGGUGAUCAAAACAAAAAGUGUGGAGUUCAUGCCUUUCUUCCUAUCGUUGUUCGUAUUCUUGUGCGGUUCAUCCUGGUUCAUCUUUGGCCUCCUCGGAAAAGACCCUUUUGUUGCUGUUCCCAAUGGAUUUGGAAGUGCAUUAGGUGCAGUGCAGCUUAUACUCUACGCGAUUUACCGUGAUAACAAGGGCGAAAACGAGAAAUCCACAGCUGAUAAGUCCCUGGAGAUAAAUCAAAAGGCUAAUCUCAAAAUCGAACAGGCAGUUUGAAAAACCACAAGAUGAACAAGUCUAGUCCAGAGCUGCAAAGCGAAAAAACAACAUUUGUUAGGAACUUGUCUUUGUUUAGUUUCUGCUUUUAACCUACUCAUGAUGAUGACCUUUCUCUCUGGUGGGGUCUUUUAAUUCUCAAGUGUUUCUGUUUGGUUGCAUGAACAUUGAACAUGGGUUUUGUAUUUGAACUAAGUUUGGUAUGAUUGUGUUUAGUCUGGUAAUGCUUUGGAUUACUCGAUUAUCGGUUUCGAUUUCUCAUGUGUGUGUUGGAUUGGUUUGGCAGUUGUUCGUUCAUUAGUGUUAAAUACAAAAAAGGAACAACUAAGGGUGCA